AUGGAUUGCCUUGACGACGAUGUGUUUGGCGGUUAUCACGGUCCUGAUCAGCAAACUCGUGGUACUGAGGCGACUGACGUGGAACGACUCGAUCUUAUCCGCAGCCGUGGUAAGCUUCAGCGGGAAGCGACGAGUUUGAGGAUAUCUCCGUUAUUGACUUUUGCUGUUUUCAAGAUCUUCUCCAUCGCCUUCACCCUCACUCUCAACCAGCAAGUCAGUGGCGGGCUGGGCUCCCAACUGUCCACCCUCUCCGACGACCAAUAUGACCGGUUUCAAAAGGCCGGAUACGCCUGGAACAUAUUGUACAUUGUUGCGCUGGGCUUGGGCAAGUCCUCGACGCUGUCACUGCUGCUUGCGCUUUCCCCGAACAAAUCCUACCGCAUCCCCAUGCUGGCCGUGGGCGGACUGAUCGUGGCCUGGGCCGUCGCCUCCAUCAUCGCCAGCGCGUUCCAAUGCUCGCUACCCCACCCCUACCUCAUUACGACAAACACCUGCUUCAGCCAGGUCGGAUUCUGGGACGCCGUGGGCGUCAUCGACAUUUUGACUGAUGUUGCGCUCAUGGUCCUCCCCGUCUGGCUCGUCCACAACCUGCAACUCGCCCUGCAGAAGAAGAUUGCCGUCUGUUUCGCCUUCUCGUUCCGAACUCUGGCCGUGGCGUGCACGGUCUGGCGCAUAAGCGAGAUGCACCGCUUCUUCGACCGCGGCACGGACGUGACGUUCGAGAGCUGGCUCCCGACCAUCGCCACAAUCCUGGAAGUCUUCUUCAGCGUCUUUUCGGCCUGCGUGCCCCACUUGCGACCGUUCAUGGAAUCCAUCCAGGCCGGGUACCUCUCCGGAAUGAUUCAGGAAGGGGGCGGCCGCUUCGGCUACGGCAACGACAGCUACCUGAUGGGCAAGAUGGCGCAAAGCAAGGCCGUGUCAGCGAUCCGGAGUCAAGCUCUGAAAUCCGAAGUCCGAGGCGAGAGCUUCGACCUGCCCAGGCAGGGCAUCACGCUGGGCCAGAUAAACGACUCGACGGACCGGCACGGCAUCGGACGGGCGAUAAGCAGCAACCGCGUCGUGGUCAACAAAGUCUCUGCGGGCAAGCCCGAGAAGGACCUCAGCUCCGAGCGGAAUCGCAGCGAUAGUAUUGGCUCGGACGGCGCCAGGAGCCACGGCAGCGAUGGCAGCAAAGCCAUGAUCAUCAAGACGACAAAGGAGUGGAGUAUCAGUUAUCAGGACGCGUAG